AUGGAGAUUGUCGAAACUGCGACGCAAACUUCGUUAAAGCGAGUGUGUAAAGUUGUUGCCGUCAGCCCAGCAGAAUUUCCUACGCCUCCUUCCAGUCGUGGUGCGACCAACGACAGUGGCGAUGAAUCCACGCCACAAUCAGGGAAGAGAUGCAGGACUCCCUACAAAUUAAGCAAACAAGAGGCUCGCGAAAUCGUAAACACUGAAGUGAACGAACUAUGUAAGUUUUACACAAUUGAAUUGAACCCCAAACGUAAUGGCCCGGCGUUCGCGAAACAAACUCUAGAUAAAUUAGUCGAAAGAAUAUAUUGUUUUUUAUAUUUCUGUAUCCAUCACCGGAAUGUACCAGUUGUGACUCUCGAUAUUUUUAACACGGACACGCUAAUUUGUGAAUAUGUCGAUUAUCUAUCAAAAGUUAGAAAACUAAUGCCUAACACAAUUACAGCACAUCUUAGUUGCAUUAUUAACGUCAUAAAAUAUAACUUUCGCGAAGAUUGGAGCGCAUUAGAUAGCUGUAAGGCGGUUAUGUCGUGUAGAUCUUAUCAAAGGCAGUUGUCGCGGCAAGCUAAGAUGAUCGCAAAGUGCGGCAAAGAAGGUUUGUGCAUGAAAAAGGCGUCGAAGAGAUUUUAUUUUAACCAUAUUCUAGACACGCUUAGAAAUCUAAGAGCUAAGAUUUUCGAAACAACGGGCAUAGCAAAGGCCAGGCAUCUUCAUGAUUUCGUUAUGCUGGCAACAUACAUUAGGGUCAACCCGGGCAGGUCUAAGGAAAUACGCACAUUACAAGUCUUUGUUGAGUCAGGGGAGAAUCCAUUUGACGCAAGUUUGUUUCUGGACACAAAUGUUAUCGUCUUUAGGGAAGACACGACUGUGUCUUUGAUAGAGAAUGACUUCAAAACAGUCAAUUCUACUGGGCCGAUUAAUAUGGACCUGUCAGAAGACCGAGAAUUAGUCUACCGGGUGUCCCAAAAAAAAGUACUCCGGUUUGAUUUAUAAUAACUUCUAAACAAUUAAAGCUAUCUAACAGAAAUACUUGCAUUAAAUAGAGGAAGGACAAACUUAGAUUUUGAUAUAUUACAGUUGUAUUUUACUUAAAAAUUCACGGAGAUAUUAAUGUUCAAAAUCGGGAGCGUAUUUUGGUAUGUGUCUAAAAUUAGUGAAAAUCGGCAUAUCAAAUAUUAACUCCAGCGUUUGUUUGAUUAAUGACAUAUCAAGCUAACUGCUAUUUCAGCGAAUUGUCGUUAGGGUUUGUAAGGGAUAUGGCGUAGAUUAAGACAUCUUACAUGUAAGUCUUAGCUCAUUGUUUCCUGAAAUAGGAACGUUCAAAAUUAUGAAAGUAUUUAAUAGGUCUUUGGCUUUGCAAACUUAAAGGUACGGCGCAAACUUGAAGGCAGGCGCUUAAAUUUUUCUUAAAUAGCCUAAUUUUUUUAUGUUUUACAUGGGUUCAAAACAAAGUUGAUUAUUUCUGGUUAGAGCAGGAUGAAUAUUAUUAUUUAAUGAAGGAAAUGAUAUUGCUUUUUGCAAAUACACAUCACAGUAUUAACGCUACUAUUUUGUUACGUUUUGUUCCAAAAAUGUUGGAUGUCUCUGGGGAGUUGCUUGUUAUGUCUUUAAUUAUGGAGUUGUACGGUUUGAUCGUGUUUCAUUCUCAGUUUAUUCUGAACUUGCCAAGAUUAAGAAAGGCAAAAGAGUUUGGGUGUUCUUAACACGAUUUCAGAACGUUGCAGAAGUUAGAAAAUUCAUUCAAUGUGAAGUUAGAAAAUUCGCAAUUCCAUUGUGACAGCAUGCCCUAAUUCAGAACUACCAACGAUCCAUGACGAACCUUCGCGAUGCAGUGGUCUCAUGAAAUAAGGAAACGUAUUCGUGCUGGGAACACAUGCGGAUUUCGGACGAAUAAAUCUUGCUUUUAUUUUGUAGAUAAUAAUACUUUGUUUCCUAAUAAACGAUUUGUCAAGUGUCAUUUAUUUAUUGGUAAUAGUGCAUGUUUCAGUCGGGCAAAUCUUGAUUAAUAUUUGAUACGCCGUUUUUUGCAUAUUUCAGACACAUCCAGAAAUAUGCUCCCGAUUUUAAACAUCAAUAUCUCUGUGAAUAUUUUAGUGAAAUACAACUGUAAUAUAUCAAAAUCUAAGUUAGUCAUUCCUCUAUUUGAUGCAAGUUAUUUCUCAUUAAAAGCUUUACUUGUUUAGAAGUUAUUACGAAUCAAACCGGAGUACUUUUUUUUGGGAUACCCGGUACUAUUUGCAUCAAUACAAUUUAGCUAGGCCCAGUCUCCUGCAGGCUAAGUCGCAUGCCUACUUUUUUCUCAACUACACCGGAGAACCAUUUAGGGAUAGUUCUAGUUUGUGCAAGUAUCUUGGAGAUUUAUUUGGCCGAGAAGUAAGUAUCCGUGUCUCCACAAAUGCAUUACGGCAUUCCAUUGUAACAUACUUUAAGACCUUAGAAGAUUCCGAGGACCUUAAGAUUAGGGAGUCCCUUGCUAGAUUAAUGAAACAUUCCCUAAGAUAUCAACAAGACACUUACGACGAUACGACAGCGCAGCAAAAGACACAACCAGCUAGGGAGCUUUUGCGUAGGAAAAUGGCAGCAGAUAUUUUUGGCCAAGCCGACGUCCGUGAUAACUGA